GGAAAGUAUGGACCAGACGCUGCUCAAGUGCCGGCGACGCUGGACUCGUAUAGAUGCGACCAUCCUGCGGUGUGAAGCUCAUCGUCCUCUCCUCGCUCUCUCCUGUUUGGGGCGAAUUUAAUUGAUCCGGACAAACCGCGCUACCGCCUCUGAGCUGCUUCUCUCUGUAUCCGUACCGCUGAGCAACCCGGGCGGGAAUCGCUUCUUUUUCUAGUGCCCAGGUGCACAUGUUUUUUUUUUUUUUUUUUUUUUUCAAUAAAUUCCCCCAGAACACUCAUAGGCCUAUCCCAGGAUUUACCAGCGGGGGAAUCCAAAUAUAACCGGAGUAAUUAUCCCCGCAUUGUUGUGAAGGCAGUUCGGGGGAGGGAAUGGAUGCGAGCGAGCGAGCAGAGGCGCACCGAGGCAGCAGCAGCUAUCAGAGAGACCCAGCUCCUGUGUGAUGCAGCUGUUUACCCAGGCUGUGCAAAACCCAGGACACCUCGACGGCUGCUUUUAGAGCAAACCUAAAAAAAGAAAAAAACACAGGGGAGAAAUCAGCGGCGAUUUGUUAUUGUGCACGUGUUGGGAUUGCAUAUGAAGCGCUGGGUAAGCCAUGUCUACUCUCUCACACACACACAACACAGCGCCGCUUUGAUUCCCUCAUUCACAUUUGCUUGUCUUCCUCGCAGAAGCUUCGUUUUCUCCCUCCUUUCAUAUGUCAUUUUUUUCCCCAGAGCUGCACGGUGACAGUUUUUUUUGUUUUGUUUUUGAGCGUGGAAGCUCACUACCAACUCGGCGAUAUCACAGAAGUGUGCAGGAGAGGACAGCGCUGGCAUCUAUCCAUGCGCGCUCCACCGGGCUUUUUAUUAUGGAACUGUGACCCCAACCGAGGCAGCACACAACGCAUGUUCCUCCCAUCUGCACUUUUUGCAGGUGUUUUUAUGUAAGGACUGGGUAUUUGGAGGAUCUGUUGGCUGGAGAUGCUCUGAAUGUGGUGCUAUUCUGCCGGCUGUCAGUGACGCAACAUCUCACACUAGACUGCAUGAGAAAUACAUGCGUAGAAGGGCGUGAACUUGGAGACACUAACCUCCUCCUCAUUAAUAAAGCAUCUACUUAUCUUUGAAGCCACUUUGCUUCGUUUUUUGUUGUUGUUGUUGCAAAAACCUCACAGCUCGUCUAAACUCAUCCCGGGGACAUCAUGGAUCUGAAAGCGGACUCGGAGGACAUGGACUACAAGCGGCCGGCUCCCAUUGAAGUUUUCGCCACCAGGUCCACGCUGCACGGCAUCUCGCACAUGUUCACUUAUGAGCGGAUGUACAUCAAGCGCACCUUGUGGAUUUUGUUCUUCAUGGCCUCGGUGGGCGUGCUGGUGAUGGUGUGCGUGGACCGGGUGCAGUUCUACUUUGAGUACCCCCAUGUCACCAGGCUGGAUGAGGUGGCGGCUCCGAUGAUCGUGUUCCCCGCGGUCACCUUCUGCAACCUCAACUCCUUCCGCUUCAGCCGGGUGACGCGCAACGACCUGUACCACGCCGGGGAGCUCCUCGCCUUGCUCAACGGCAGGUAUGAGAUUCGGGACCCACACCUGGUGGAAGAAAAUGUCCUGCAGAUCCUGAAGGAGAGAGCAGACUUUGACAACUAUAAGCCUCGCCCUUUCAACAUGCGUGAAUUCUAUGACCGAACGGGCCACGACAUCAAGGACAUGCUGCUUUCCUGCUCCUAUAGAGGCAUGGAGUGCAGUGCUGAAGACUUCAAAGUGAUCUUCACUCGCUACGGAAAAUGCUACACGUUCAAUUCAGGCCAAGAUGGACGACCCCUGCUGGUGACGAUGAAGGGUGGAACGGGUAACGGCCUGGAGCUGAUGCUGGAUAUCCAGCAGGAUGAGUACUUGCCAGUGUGGGGAGAGACCGACGAGACAUCGUUUGAAGCAGGGAUCAAAGUUCAGAUCCACACCCAGGAUGAGCCGCCGUUCAUAGACCAGCUGGGCUUCGGAGUGGCGCCGGGGUUUCAGACCUUUGUCUCCUGUCAGGAACAGCGGCUGACGUACCUGCCUCCGCCGUGGGGGGACUGCAAAGCCACGCCGAUGGACUCCGAAUUCUUCAACAGUUACAGCAUCACGGCCUGCCGGAUCGACUGUGAGACGCGAUACCUGGUGGAGAACUGCAACUGCAGGAUGGUCCACAUGCCUGGAGAUGCCCCAUACUGCACCCCGGAGCAGUACAAGGAGUGUGCAGAUCCUGCCCUGGACUUCCUUGUCGAGAGAGACAAUGACUACUGCGUGUGCGAGACGCCAUGCAACCUGACACGCUACGGUAAAGAGCUGUCCUUCGUCAAGAUACCCAGCAAAGCGUCAGCCAAGUACCUCGCCAAGAAAUUCAACAAGACAGAGCAGUACAUAGCUGAUAACAUUCUGGUUUUGGAUAUCUACUUUGAAGCGCUGAACUACGAAACCAUUGAACAAAAGAAAGCUUACGAAUUGGCAGGCCUUCUGGGUGAUAUCGGAGGUCAGAUGGGUCUCUUCAUUGGAGCCAGCAUCCUCACCGUUCUUGAGCUCUUUGACUAUCUAUAUGAGGUGAUCAAAUACAAGCUGUGCCGAUGCAUGAAGAAGAAACACAAAGGCCGCAACAACAAUGACCGGGGAGCUGUGCUGAGCCUGGAUGAUGUGAAACGCCAUGCUCCUUGUGAGAACCUGCGUACACCAUCGACAUAUCCUGGCAACAUGCUACCUCAUCAUCCGGGCCAGGGUAACUUUGAAGACUUCACUUGCUGAACAGACCCGGGUGAAGCAUCAAAGUGCGCGUUAUGCAACCAAAGCCAACCAUACAACUAGAACUAUCCACCGCAGGGAGGGUGAGGAACUGAUAAUAAAUCUAACAGAGGCACUUUUUACAUUAAAAAAAAACUGAGGACAACAGACAAAUCAAACACGACAAAGAAUUUUCACCCAAGGCCAAGUGAAGAGGAAACCCUAAAUGUAUAAAAAUCUGUUUUUUUUUGUUGUUUUUUUUCCCCGGAGAACAUUUCAUGCAGCACUCUAAACUUUCUGUGUUUCCCUCUGGAAUACUGCCGCAAAAGGAUGCUCAUGGAGAAACCUUGCCAACACGGACCUUUCUUUCAAAAGACAAACAGAAAAAAAAAAAAAUGCAAAGACAAAUAAGGGAAAAUGUACAGUUAUCUCACCAUAGACAGAAGAUCAGAAAAAAGAGCCCUCAUGCCUUUAUAUAACACAGCAACACAUGAUGGUUUUAACACCGGCCUGCUAGUGUGGCAAAUAUUCAUACUGCUUACUCCACUGUACAUGUAGCAACAUCUGUAACUGUUGCAGUGCUUCAUAAAACAACAUCUGGACUCUGUGUAGUUUGUAUGAGAAUGUAUCUUUGUUCACAGUGACUGUAGUCAAGUGUGCAGGGAAAUAUUCAGAGGGGUCCUGGUGGUGGUAGAGAUGCAUCAUCUACCUUUGAAAAAUGUACUGGUGAAGAUUUCAGGUGUCAUCAUGUAAAUGCAUGCGUGUAUUUGUCCAGUGCAUGUUUCUCAUGUCAUUUCUAAUUUUUGAUUGAUUUAAUAUGUAUAUCGAUAUAUAUAUACAUAUAUUCUCAUAUUUUCUAAUUAUUUUCUAAUUACCAAGUUUGCCUCAGUAAUAUACAGGAAAAGAAAAUGUUCUAAUGAUACAUCCCAUAUAUUUCUGUGUGUGUGCAUGGACAGAGAUUGUCAGCACGUGUGAACCCUCACAUGUGUACUCGGGUGUUAACAUUAGCACCCGAGCAGGUAUGGUGUGAGUGUUUGUUGAUUGUGCAAAUGGAUGAGCUGCACCUAAUUUCAUUUCUUAUCCUUCUUUUUUUAUUAUUUUUUUUAUUUCUUUGUUAAUUUGAAUUUUCACAUGUGCCCAACGAGUCGAAGAGUCUUCAUUCAGCUUCAUUUACUCUUAUCUCAGCUGUGGGAUGAGGUGAGGUGAUGAUUUUUUUUUUUUUUUUUCUAGGAGAGUUGAUUGCUGAAAUCCUUGGAGUUUUGUGGGGCUGUUAAAUUUUUUCUGUAUGUGUUCCAGUUGCAAAAGUCUUAUCAAAGCACAAUACCGCCAGUAUGUAGAGGUGAUGUAAAAGAAAAAACGUAUUAUUCUUCUUGAUAUAUUGUCAUUAUAUUAAUAUCGUGUUGAUCCAACUGUUUUUCAGUUGUUUUUUUCUUUCAUGUUAAAACAUACUCAGUAUUGCCUGAUAAUCCUGUCUCCAUCUUCCAGGUAAUAGGCUGGUCUAUUUAGUUAUCAAAGCAUAAAUAAAAUGUAAAUAUCAUUUUGGAAAACUG